CUUGCCAACGACCAAGAAAAUCAUUCAAAAGUCGACAUAGUUCUGUCGUCGUUACAUUAGUUAUUACCCCGACCGUAAACAAUCUUCYGACUCUAAUUAUUCCGACACCGACCAUGACCAGAAUAUUUUCAUUUAUUGCAUUCCUCGCAACUUUUUCAGUCAGCAAUGGUUUCGUUUCACCGCUACGAAGCGGCCUCUCCGCUUCGAAGUCGGCAUCUCUCCUCAUGAAUAAGUUUGAUCCAAACGAAUACGCAAAGAGCAUGAGUGCCGCGGCCAUUGACCAAAUGAAAAAUCUCAAGCCCGAAGACAUCGAUAAAAUGAUGGCCGAGAUGGACAAUAUGAACCCAAUCCAGAAAAAUGCUUUGAAAGCAAUGAACAUGGACCCUGACGUGAUGAAAAAGACUAUGCAAAUGAUGCGAGACAAUCCAGCAAUGGUGGCAAACGCGCAAAAAGUCAUGGAGACGAUGAGUCCAGAUGAGCUUUUGGAGCAAUCGAGAAAGGCGCAGGAACAACUAAAAAAUAUGACACCYGAUGAGUUGGAAAAGGCGAACAAGGUCAUGCAGAGUAUUCCUGAAGAUCAGAUGAAUGCUGCUGUGGAAACGCUCAAGGCUCAAAACAGUGCCAAUGUUGUUGAUGCAGUUGCCGAUGACGACGAAGAUGCCGAUAUGGUUACUGGUCCCGGAAGCAGUUCGGACAGCAAUGUCAUUGACGCCAUGUUUCGAGUCGCAGAGUUUAUGAGCAGCCCACCAACGGAUGGAGGWGUCACAUUCACCGGUUUUUAUUCUCUUCCUACUAUUCAGCUGUUGUCAGGAGACCGUGAGUUUGACUUGUCGAUGAGUGAACUCAAGGAAUGUUGGGCUGAUGGUUCUCUGGGUGCCACUAGAGUUGAUCGCGCAGGCUUUGAGCGUGUUUGGAUSGAGGUACAAGAAUAUUUCGAACAAGACAUUAUGACAGAGGCACGAAAAGAAGCAAGAAAGAAAACGACGAAGAAAAAGGUAAGAGGUGGAGCGAAAUCCGUCAGCGCAACCCCGACAACCACGAUUGGAGAUAAUUUGAGCGACAAGGAGUUGGAGGAAGUCAACCAACGUGUGAAGAAUUUGUCAGACGACGAAGUAGGGUCAGUCUUGGAYAUGAUGGAGCAAAUGGAUCCUGCCCAAGAAGCUCGUUUAAAAGCAAUGGGGGUUGACCCGAGGAUGAUGCAACAAACAGCAGCCAUGCUGAAAGAUAAUYCACAAAUGAGAGAACAGGCUAAACAAAUGAUGCAGAAUAUGUCUCCAGAAGAUAUGUUGAAGGCUAGUCAGCAGGCUCAAGARCAAAUGAAAAACAUGUCCGAGGAUGAUGUUAAAAAUGCCAUGGAUCAGCUAAAGAAUUCCCCACCAAGCAAUUAAAUAACUCAGCUUACAUCGAAACRUAAUUUUUGUCGAAAUUGUGUGUUUGAAGAUCUGAUCUGCAUAGAUAUUUCCGAGACAAAUUGUGGAUCGAUUUGUUCUAACUUCCYUUUUCCAAAGCCAGAGAGAUGGUAUUCUCCAUAACAAAAAGGAUUUCCAAAUGCUUGUAUGCGAAGAACACUUGACGACACUUUGAAAACGCAGGAGUGUUUUAAUUUUAGUGAUGACCAUUUCUAUUGAAUACACAAAAUCGCAAUCGUAAAUUUCAAGGGCAUGGAGCUYAGGCAAAACUAUCAAUGCGGUAUUUUUUAACGGAAAUAUUCGUCAAACCAGUGGCGUAUAUGCAUCCAAUGAUCAACCUCUGUUGUAACAAGAUUCAGGGAGUGGCAAUCUUGCGGAUACUUCAACAAUUUUGUUGGCACCCCAAGAGACCGCAAACUAUGAUACCAUUCCAAACCCUGACUUGGCGGUACUCUCAAAUCAACCGAGCCUAGAGCA